AUGGGACUCAUCAAGACCCUCAUCUUUUCCGGCGCCGCCGUUGCCGUCGCCAAAGAGUUCAACAAGAAGAAGCAGAACAACGAACAGCAAAACAACCAACAAUAUGGGCCAAAUCAAAGCAAUUUUGGUCCGCCUCAGCAAUACCAGGGCUAUGGACAACAAGGCAAUUAUCAACAGCAGGGCCCUCCACCCAACUACUACAGCCAGCCAAAUGCGAAUCAAGCCCCCCGGCCUGAGAAGGCGCGUCGAUUAGUAAUUACACUACAGAGCACCCAACAUCAUCUGUUUCAUCAAAAUGCACUUCUCUCAACAUAUCCAACAUCAUUUGAAUCUAGUCGCUCCAGCAUGGCAACUACGGCUGUAGAGUUACACGAGGUGUCGCAGCUCCCUGUCCCCGCCAGGGCUUCGAGACAACAAGAACAGGAACCCAACUCGGAAGACGACAUUCUCCAAGCUUCGAGAGUAGCCGAUUCUACAGUUCCCGAUGGCGGCUACGGAUGGGCAGUCAUAUUUGGGUGUGCGGUAAUGACUUGGUGGUUUGUUGGCACCAGUUACAGCUGGGGUGUCAUUCAAGGCGCCCUCGUCGAAAAGGGCCUCUCCUCAGCCAGCACCCUCUCAUACGUGGGCUCUAUCGCCAUUGCCGCCAUCUCAUUCAUGGCCAUCGUCAACGCCAGAGUCGUCCGUGUCAUUGGCGCCCAGAAGACAGGCAUGCUAGGCAUCACGUUUGUGGGACUCUCAGAAAUCCUGAGCAGCUUCGCCAUCAACAGCGUUGCAGGACUGUUUGCCACCAGCGGCGUCUUGCUGGGCUUGGGCAUCAGCCUUUGCUUCAUCACCGUGUCCGUGACACCGGCCCAGUACUUUAGCCGCAAGCGAGGACUCGCAAAUGGCAUCGUUUUCGCCGGUGGCGGACUGGGAGGCGCUGUAACGAGCUUCGCGCUGGCUUCGCUGAUACAACGCGUUGGUGCUGAGUGGACAUAUCGCAUCUUGGGGAUACUCACGCUGCUCACCGGGCUGCCGGCCGCGUGGCUCGUCAAGGAGAGGGUGCCGCCACGAACAGGCGGUUUCGUCGAAUGGGCGCUGUUUAAGGACGUCAAGUUCCUCAUCAUAUUCGCUGCCGGCGCCAUCGCCACGUUUCCGCUCCUCGUUCCGCCUUUCUUCCUCCCGCUGUACAGCAGAUCUGUCGGGCUCUCGUCGUCCACCGGCGCCGGGCUGCUUGCGGGCUUCAACUUUUCAUCUGCCGUGGGAAGGGUGCUGUGCGGACUGUUCUGCGAUAGGCUUGGCGCAUUAAACACCUUGUUUCUGUGCUUGGCCCUCAACGCCGUAACCAUGCUGACGAUAUGGCCCGUAUCAACAUCCCUGGCAUCACUAGCCCUGUUUGUGAUUAUCAACGGCGCGGCCAACGGGGGCUUCUUCUCCACAAUGCCAACCGUCGUGGGUAAUGUCUUUGGCUCGGAGCGUGUGUCUGUAGCUAUGGGAAUGGUUGUGACUGGAUGGGGUGGCGGCUAUCUGAUGGGUGCGCCGAUUGCCGGCUACUUGCUGGAAGCCUACGGAGGAGAAAGCAAAGGUCUUGAUGCCUAUCGGCCAGCCAUCUUCUACGCCGGUUCCAUGGCCCUGGGGUCAGCGGGUUUCGUGGCGUUGGCCCGGUUUGGGAUGAACCGAUCGCUCCUAGCCAAGAUAUAA